GUGGUCUGGGCGGAGACUGGUGUGAGAGAGAGAAGGCAAAGAUUAGUUACAGACUCAGAGAGCAAGAAGAAGAAGGACGGCGACGCAGGAAAACCGGCGAGGGUUUUUGUGAGUCGACUCGGACGAUUCUCCCCCUUCCUCCCCUAAACCAUUCGCAUCUCGCGCGGUCCGUUAAGCCUCCGUUAUUCUCAGUCAAAUUUCAAGGAGGCGCGCGCCAAGGAUUCCGUCUUGUUGUUUUAGCGGCCGUUCUCGUUUCGUCGUUUCGGAGCGUUUUGGUGGAUAGCUCUUCCAGAUCUUGCAUUCUGAAUCUUUAUCUUUUGGUAGAGGAUGGCAGUGGCUUCUCACUCAAUGUAGCAUUGAGCUCCAGCAUUAACUUUUCGGUCUCCUGUUCGUUAGGUGAUUUUGCUCACGGAAUCUUGGUGGGUUUUGGAAGUCCUUCUCUUAUGAUCGUUUUGGAAUCGAAUUUUCUACUCAUUCCAUCAUUGGCUGCUUUGGAACUUGGCAACGUUCGGGAAGGGGAGAAGAUCUCUUCUACUGCCGCCUCUCUUGCCGGCCUCCUAACUGUCACUUCCAUUUGCUUUAUGUCUCGGAAGCUGGACAGCCCAGUACAGACCCAGAUGGCAGUGGCACUAUUUAGCAAUCCGCUCAGUGGGGAGUACCAUGGAAGCAACAGAAUGGAAAGGAAGCAGCACACUGGUUGGAGGCGCGUUUUUGUGCAAACUGAAAGUGGAUGUGUCUUGGGGAUGGAUUUGGAUCGCAGUGAUAAUGUCCAUACUGUGAAGAGAAGAUUGCAGAUUGCUCUCAAUGUCCCAACUGAUGGAAGCUCGUUGACAUUUGGGGAUGUGGUGUUGAAGAACGAUCUGAGUGCAGUUAGGAAUGACUCCCCUCUUCUUCUCACAAGGAACCUUAUGCAUAGAAGUUCAUCAACUCCAUGUCUCUCGCCUACUGGAAAGGAUCUGCAGCAGAGAGAUCGGAGUGGUCCUAUAGAGAUAUUAGGGAACUCGGUUCGGUUUACUAGGACAAGACCAGUGGUCAAGGAUAUGGUGAAGGCCAUCAAGAUGGGGGUUGAUCCAAUUCCUGUUCAUAGUGGGCUUGGAGGUGCAUACUAUUUCAGGAACAGCAGAGGUGAGUGUGUUUCAAUAGUGAAGCCAACUGAUGAAGAACCUUUUGCGCCUAAUAACCCAAAAGGUUUUGUCGGUAAAGCUCUUGGGCAACCAGGUUUGAAGCGCUCGGUGCGAGUUGGGGAGACUGGAUUCCGAGAAGUCGCAGCUUUCCUGCUUGACAAAGAUCACUUUGCCAAUGUGCCUCCCACUGCCUUGGUGAAGAUCACUCACUCUAUCUUUAACAUAAACGAUGGGGUGAACGGGAACAAGACUCCCCAGAAGAAGCUGGUUAGCAAGAUUGCAUCUUGCCAACAAUUCAUACAACAUGAUUUUGAUGCCAGUGAUCAUGGGACAUCCAGCUUCCCCGUAACUUCUGUGCAUCGUAUAGGGAUAUUAGACAUUAGGAUUCUUAACACUGACAGGCAUGCAGGGAACCUUUUAGUUAGGAAACUGGACGGUGUCGGGAUGUUUGGUCAAGUGGAGCUCAUUCCAAUUGACCAUGGCCUUUGUUUGCCAGAAACUUUGGAGGACCCCUACUUUGAGUGGAUUCAUUGGCCUCAGGCUUCUAUUCCAUUCUCAGAUGAUGAGCUUGAGUACAUAGAAAAGCUUGAUCCGCUUGAGGAUUGUGAGAUGCUGCGAAGGGAGCUUCCCAUGAUUCGAGAGGCUUGUCUCAGGGUUUUGAUUCUUUGCACCAUUUUCCUGAAGGAGUCUGCUGCAUAUGGUCUCUGUCUUGCUGAAAUAGGUGAGAUGAUGACUAGGGAAUUUCGCAGUGGCGAGGAGGAACCUAGUGAACUGGAGGUAAUUUGUAUGGAGGCAAGGACGAUGUUAGCAGAGAGGGUGGAGGUGCUGUCCCCCAAGGCUGAUUCGGGAGAUCAGGAGUUCCUAUUUGACAUAGAUUGUGAGGAAGCAGAGGAAGACUGCACCUUGAAAUCUGCAGCAGAUGAUUAUCUGACCAGGGCAUCAUCUUUUCCAUUUGCAAAUGGGAGUGGGCAUGGCCGCUCGCUUCUCUCUAAACUUGAAGAAAGCAUCGAGGAGGAAGAGGACAGUGAAGUGGAAGAGCAAGGGGCAUUAGCAACUCUGCCAACUCUGGAAAAGGUCCCAAGCGUUUCAAAGCUUUCUAUGUCACUGAAGAACACAGUUUUGGUGGGAGAGAAGAACCACCUGAAGCAUAUGGGUUCCAAACCAGGAAACGGAUACAUGGUGAAUACAUCAUCGGGGCACAGGAGUGCAAACGAGCAGCUUCCUGCAAGCAUGUGCUUUGUGAAGCUGGCUGACAUGAGCGAGGAUGCCUGGACCUUGUUUCUGGAGAAGUUUCAAGAUAUGCUGUACCCGGCAUUUGCCAAACGCAAAUCUGCUACCCUAGGUCAGAGGCAGAGACAGAGGCUUGGCACGUCGUGCCAGUUUUGAGACUGAGACAGCAAACGCUUGCUGCGGUCUAUAUGAUAAGAGGCAACUGAAGACGAAGCGUAAUAAAGAUUAGUAGGGUUUGGGGGUGGUGGGAGUGGAAGGAUAUGUUGGGGGUUUUGUUGAGAUUAGAUUUGGCAUUUGGGUUUAUAUGGAUUUUCCCCCGCGGAAGUUGGAAGGCGUUUGUAGUGACGAGUGAAUGUAGGAGGAAAACUGCCGCCGUAAAUAUUCUUGGGCAAUCAGCUGAGCGAGAUGAGCUGAGAGUAGAAUUGGAUGUAUUUCUUUGUAUUUUUUGUUUCCAUUUUUUUUUCUUUUUAAUUUCGUUUUCUUUCGCUCCUUGAUGGAGUUGUCGGAUAAAUAAUUUGUAGAAUGAAAUCAAGAAAAGGAAGGAUUAUGUAAAUUCGGGCCUUGUUUCAAAUUACGUGUUUUCAUUUCCCCUUU